AUGGUUAGGUUUGAGAGGGCGGAAGGCGCUAUACUGGGAAGCGUGGAGCCAACACAAAGCACCUUACGUCACGCUGAUGUGAGCUCUGGUUAUGAGCAGGAGUCCGAUGACCUUCCACCCAAGGUCGUGCGAGCCAAAUGCAGACCACGUCGAUAUCGCGGAGUGUUUUUAUCGUGCACUCCCCCGUCUACGGACGGACAGCCCACUGCAUCGUCAGAAGUAGCAGCAGCGGCAUCAGCAUCCGGGGAACCGGAAUGCAAGAUGGAAAGUGGUCACUUUGACUCAACGGCCUUCUUCACGAUGCUUGCCCUUGCGGUGCAUGGCCUGUUUGAGGGCGUCAUUGUUGGAGCAGCCAGAGAUCUCUCAAUGAUGUGGAUGAUGUCAGCGGUUGUGAUCGGACAUAAAUGGGCUGAAGCGAUGCUCCUCAUGUGUCGGCUUCUCGAGCGGAAGACCUGUGUGAUGGCAACUGCCCUGCUGAUCGUAACCUUCGCAUGUUCUUCGCCAUUGGGAGUUUUGGUUGGAGCGAUUUUGGCCACUGAGGGAAAGCUUGCCUCUGGCAUCUGCAACGCAUUGGGAGCUGGUACUGUCUUUUAUAUUGCAUCAGAGAUAUCUGGCUCUGCUUUCCAGGGUUGUAGAAAAACACGGUUUUUUCAAUUUUUAACGUAUUGCAGUGGGGCGGUCUUAGUAAUGGCGCUGACGCUUUUAGACGUUGCUUAUGGGCAAUAG